CGCAACGGAGUGGGGUAGGUAGAAGUCGGAGUAAACGUUUUUGAGUGCUCAUCACAAGUAUAUAAGGGUCGGCUUGUAUCAAUUCUAGAGUCCAGUGGACAAACGGUGGUUUGUGUUGUUGCUUUUAAGGAAAUUGUGAUUUUCCAUUUAAAUACUUAAAUUUUAUUGGAAAGUGAUGGCUGCAACCACAACGAACCGCCAAUAUUCUUCUCAGAAUACUGUCAUUGAUACAAAGGCAAGCAUACAUGUAAAAAUAAAUGGAAAGUCUUAUGAAGUUGAUACAUCUCGAGUUCCAAUUUCAACGUCAUUGAACUCCUUUUUAAGAAAUCAUGCCUAUUUACCCGGUACUAAAUUCAUGUGUCUUGAAGGAGGAUGUGGUGCAUGUAUUGUGACCGCAACUGGCAAGGACCCAAUUACUAAGGAGUUACGUUCAUGGGCGAUAAACUCAUGCUUAACACCAAUUUAUUCUUGCGACGAUUUGGAAAUCACAACCAUUGAGGGAAUUGGUAACAGAAAAAUUGGAUACCAUCCAGUCCAGAAGCGCCUUACUCAAUUCCAUGGAACGCAGUGCGGUUACUGCUCGCCAGGCAUGGUAAUGAAUAUGUAUAGUCUCCUUGAGGCCACCAAUGGAGAAGUCACUAUGAAAGAAAUUGAGAAUAGCUUCGGUGGCAAUAUAUGCCGUUGCACAGGAUAUCGCCCAAUUUUGGAUGCGUUCAAGUCAUUGGCUAGUGAUGCUGACCCAAAAUAUAAAGCAUUUUGUCCUGAUAUUGAAGAAAUACCGAGAAAAUGCCCAAGAACAGGAGAGUCAUGCAAUGGGACCUGUAAUGGAACGCAAGCCGUGAGUCAUCACCUACGAUUUAGCGAGGGAAGAGACUGGUACAAACCCAGUGACUUGAAGGAAUUGUUUCAAAUUUUGUCAAGUGUUGGUCAGAAGCGAUAUAUGCUGCUGGCAGGCAACACAGCUCAUGGCGUAUACAGAACUGAUAAAAGCAUUGAUAUUUUCAUUGAUAUAAAAAAUGUUGGUGACCUCCGUAGGCACACUAUAAGUUCUAAUGAGGUUAAAAUCGGUGCCAAUGUAAGCUUGACCAGCACUAUGGAGAUAUUGAAGGAGGCAGCAAAGAAAUCGGGAUUUGAGUAUUGUUUGGAGAUAGUGCGACAUAUCGAUUUGAUUGCCAAUGUUCCAGUAAGAAAUGCUGGGACACUAGCUGGAAACCUUUUCAUUAAGCACACACACACGGAAUUUCCAUCUGAUUUAUAUCUUGUGUUGAUGGCUAUCAAGGCUAAAUUAACAAUUGGAAAUAAUGACGGUAGCAAUAAAACAGUGGCUGUGGAAGAUUUUCUCAAUCUGGAUCUGAACAAAAAAGUAAUCCUGAAUGUUAUAUUGACACCUCUUCCAUCUGAUCGCUUCACCUUCAAAUCUUAUAAAAUUAUGCCGCGAGCUCAAAAUGCACAUGCGUUUGUAAAUGCAGCUUUUCUUACCGAAGCACAAGGAGGUCGCAUAAAGAGCGCAAAUAUUUGCUUCGGUGGAAUAAAUCCAAGAUUUAGUCAUGCUAUCAAAACGGAAGCAUUGCUCAUCGGUAAAGAUUUGUAUUGUAAGCAAACAUUGAGCGAAGUAAUUAAAACUCUUCAGAAUGAGAUAAGUUCAGAUUGGGUCCUCCCAGACGUCUCUCCAGAGUAUAGAAAUAAUUUGGCGAUUUCCCUUUUCUAUAAGUUCGUUUUGGCAACUUGUCCUCCUGCCAAACUAUCAGCAAAUGUUAUAUCAGGUGGAGAGAUUUUGCAAAGAGCUUUAAGUUCGGGGGAUCAAACCUUUGAUACAAAUAAGGAUAGAUGGCCGAUUACACAACCGGUGGAAAAGAUUGAUGGAAUCGUUCAAACGGCUGGCGAGGCACAGUACGUAAACGAUAUACCCCAUUUCCCGGGGCAAUUGUGGGCUGCAUUUGUAUCGGCUACAGAAGUGCAUGCUACAAUCAGUGCGAUUGAUCCAGCUGAAGCACUCAGCGUCCCAGGUGUUCGAUACUUCUUUUCCGCCAAGGACAUCCCUGGAAAUAAUAAUUUCACCCCAACAACGGCUAUGAUGAUAAAUGAAGUGGAAGAAAUCUUUUGCGAUGGUGCCGUAAAGUAUCAUGGUCAACCAGUUGGAAUAAUACUUGCGGACACUUUUGAAUUGGCUAGCUAUGGUGCCGGUUUGGUGAAGGUUCAUUACCGGAAGUCGGAUCGACAGGUUGUUCCAACUAUUUUCGAUGCAUAUGCUAAGAAUGCAACUGAUCGCUUCCGGGAGCUACCUUUCAAGAUAGAGCCAAAGUCCAAAGUUACUGAAACUGAAAUUUGCGUCAAGGAUCGAUUUGAAAUGGGUGGUCAAUACCACUUUACCAUGGAAACGCAAACAACUGUUUGUGUGCCAGUUGAGGAUUGUUUAGAUGUAUACUCAGCUACGCAGUGGGUUGAUAUGACUCAAAUGGCUAUUGCGCAAUGCUUGGGAGUACCCGAAAAUAGUCUUAAUAUGCAAGUUCGUCGGCUUGGAGGAGGUUACGGAAGUAAACUUUCACGAUGUGCACUUGUAGCAUGUGCCUGCGCACUUGGAGCCAAGCUAUCAAAUCGUCCAGUUCGGUUUGUUAUGACCCUUGAAUCUAAUAUGGAAGUCAUCGGAAAACGAAAUGCCCUGGUCAGCGAUUACGAAGUGUAUGUGGAUUCCAACGGGAAAAUCUGUAAAUUAGUUGAUGAAUUUGCGCAUGACUACGGUUGUUCUGCGAACGAAGAUGUGGGCGUUAACACUGUUGAAUUCAUUGCCAACUGUUACGUUACCGAUUCAUGGAAAGUUGCGGCUAAAGCGGUUAUAACAGAUUCACCAAGUAAUAGUUGGUGCCGUGCACCUGGGACGACCGAGGGCAUCGCUAUUAUUGAAAAUAUCAUGGAGCAUAUCAGUCGGGCGACUGGCCUGGAUCCUACUGACGUUCGUAUGGCGAAUAUACCUGAUGGUAAUAAAAUGAAAACUCUCUUGCCGGAGUUCUUGGAGUCCGUGGACUAUCGAUUACGGAAAAAGGAUAUUGAAAAUUUCAACUCAACGAAUCGAUGGAGGAAACGUGGGAUUGCUGUAGUUCCAAUGCAAUAUCCACAAGGAUUCUUCGGAAGUAUUCCUGUUAUUGUAUCCAUCUUCCAUACAGAUGGAACAGUAGCCAUUACUCAUGGAGGAGUGGAGUGUGGACAAGGUAUUAAUACCAAAGUAGUCCAGGUUGUUGCCAAAACUUUGGACAUUCCCAUGGAGUAUAUCAAAGUCAAGCCGUCAUUGAAUUCGGUUACACCUAACUCUAUGUGCACUGGAGGUAGUAUGACUAGCGAGGCUGUGUGUUAUGGUGCUAUGAAAGCUUGCGAGAAACUCCUAGAGAACAUGAGACCCAUCCGUGAAAAAAUGAAAGGUGCUAAGUGGCCUGAGAUUACGGAGGCGUGCGCUAAUGAUCUGGUAGAACUGAGUGCUAUGCAUCACUACAAGGCGUCUGACAUGAAGAGUUACAUAACGUGGGGACUCAGCUGCGCAGAAGUGGAAAUUGAUGUUCUUACUGGGAACUUCAUUUUAAAACGCGUUGAUAUUCUUGAGGAUACUGGCGAAAGCAUCAGCCCACACGUAGAUUUGGGUCAGGUUGAAGGAGCAUUUGUUAUGGGUUUGGGAUAUUGGCUGACCGAAAAUCUUGUAUACGAAGAUACCGGGAAACUACUUACAAAUAGAUCUUGGAACUAUAAACCACCUGGUGCGAAGGAUAUUCCUAUAGAUUUCCGGGUGACUUUUCUGCGCAACAGUCCUAAUCCUUUGAGUGUUCUUCGAUCGAAAGCUACUGGAGAGCCUGCUUUAUGCAUGUCCAUUGUUAGCAUAUUUGCUCUGCGAAACGCAAUAGAGUCAGCCAGGAAAGAUGCCGGUCUUAAAGAGGAAUGGAUAAAAAUGGGCGCACCAACCACCGUUGAUAAAGUUUUUAUGUUAUGUGGUACGAAUCCGAAGGCGUUCAAAUUGUAAGGAGUACGUGUACAACGGCGGCUUAUCUUCAAUUUAUAUGUAUCAUAAAAACGUUGAUAAUACAGCAAUUUUGAAAAA